UCCAAACCUGUCCUUUACCAACUAUGUUUAAUACCCAAGUGUUCACGACAAGCAAAAGCAGGGUUCAAUGCUGUCGAUUGUGUGCUGACAUUCCGUCACUUUGGGUAUUGGUGACAGUCGCUGUCGUCGUGUUACUUUGUGACACCUAAAAGUGUGGGACCACCCCUUGGAUGUGCAUUGUAAUGGCUAUUGUAAUCAACGCAUUGUUCCUGUGAAAACUUUUGAACUGGUCCGGAGAAAAGGCGGGAAAACGAACACGUUGCAGACUAUAAUUUGCAGAAAAGGAGACACGUCACUAUGAGCGUGUGGGACAAAUUCUCGAAACGUUUCGGGAAGAAGGAUCCCACGGAGAAUGGGACUGAGAUUUUGGUGACCGUUACUGGAGACGAUACGCCCGGUGAAGUUACCGCGGACGGCACGGUGCAGGUGGCGGGCCAGACGGUCAAUGCUUCCCUAUCACCCAGUGGCGGCGUGGUCAGCAACACCUUGUCAAAUGCCUUCCGGAAAAUAUCCACCGGGAAUCUAAUGCCAGAAUUACACGUCAGUAGCCAGAGCCCUGCCGGUAAAAACCAGGAUCAGUCGGUAAAGACCGACAAGCCGCCAGCACCACCGGUCGUGGACGUGGUCAUCGUAGGGGCAGGGCUGGCCGGGCUCUCGGCAGCCUACACCCUUCGCAUGGCGAACCAGGGAAUUUCAGUCGUCGUACUUGAGGCCAGCGAGCGAGUCGGCGGCCGCGUGCUAACCCGGGAGAUGGAAUCGGCUAACGGCAGAGAUUUCUGGGAUCUUGGCGCUCAGUGGAUUGGUGGCUCACAGGUCCACAUGAUGCAGCUAGCCGAUGAGUUGGAACUACAGACGUGCACAGGAACCGAAACAGGUUCUCACUUCGCGCAUUUUGCGGAUGGGAGAAAGUUAACAUUUGAAACAGAUCCAGGCAACCCGCUAUCCUCCCUCGGUAAAAUGGACUACGGUACCUUCAUAACCAAGGUUGAGAAGCUCCGCCUUGAAGUUUCCCUUGAGAACCCAGAGCAAUGCCCGCUGGCGUUAGAAUGGGACUCCAUCACGCUCGAGCAGUUCAGAAAACAACACAUUUGGACUGCAGCCGCCCAGCAGUUUUUCGACGCCAAGGUUAAGAUCGCAUUUGGGGUUCCACCUUGUCAGAUGUCCACCCUGUUCUUCUUGUUCGCGCUCAACAGUGCUGGUGGUUGGAACUCUCUGUUUCAAAGUGGAAGUGAGACCGUCAAAGAAUUCCGAAUAAAGGGCGGGACUCAGAGACUCUGCGAGAUCAUUGUAGACAAGAUCAACCGUUCCUUUGUGAAGCUCGGUGACCCAGUUGUUGCAAUCAACCAGAGGGACUCUGAGCUGGCAGAUGUUCAAACCCUCAGCGGCAAGCAUUUCCGCUCAGAGAGAGUCAUUGUGGCUCUGCCGCCAAAGUUCGCAGGAAGGAUUCACUACGCUCCACCGCUACCAGCUGAUCGAGAUAGUCUCCUCCAAAUGAUGCAUGCUGGGCAUUCCCUGCAAUUUGUCAUCACAUAUAAAGAGAACUUCUGGCAAAAGAUUGGAUACAGUGGUAACGUCAUCAGAAUGAUGCCGUCUGCCGUAAGCAACAAACAGGCUGAUGACCAACCCUCAGAAGCCGAACAGAUUCCAUUUACUGCACUGUUUGAUGCGACUAGUACUAUGGACCAAAGCCCUGCCCUCUGUGGCACUGUGGAAGCCAAAAAGUGGAGAGAGAUUCCGGAAGAGGAACGAAAAGGAGCAAUAGUUGCAGCGAUUGGGCUUUUCUUUGGUGUGGAGGCACAUGAGCCACUGGAUUACACUGAAAUAGACUGGGGAGCUGUGCCAUACUGUUCUCACCAUCUUCCAAGCGUGCUCUCACCUGGGGCCAUGACAAAGUAUUUCUACGAGCUGAAGAAGCCGUUCCAAAGAAUUCACUGGGCAGGUGCAGAUACGACUGAGAGAUGGUAUGGCUUCAUGGACGGCGCCGUGCACUCUGGGAAGAGAGCGGCAGCGGAGGUUCAGUCCGAGCUAAGGCCAGAUGUUGUAAUUAGCGUUUAAAUCCAACACAGGCCUCGAAAUGACCCGAAGGGAACUACAGCAAUUGCCGUGGUGCCCCCUGCUUUUGCUGUGGUGCCCUUUGCGAAGUUGGUACAAAUUCAAAUGUUCCUCAUAGAAGUGCCCCUGACCAGAGGUAAAUGGGAGACUUUCUGGGACGAUAGAGGGCAGCAGACUU